AUGGCAAUUGGCCACCGAAAGAUCUCCAAUCUCGCCUCCACCGUCAACAGCGGAACUCCACCCAAAGCAGAAGAAGUGCUUGCCUCUUUGGCGAUUCCAUUGAUAAAGCUUGUUGGUUUAAGAAUUGUGGAAAUGGUUAAUGAAGGACAGUUCAGUGGAAUUAUAAUUGAUGAUGAUAUUAAUCACAGGAAUGGAGCAGUUUCUGGUGGAGGCAGAGAUCGAAAUGUUCAGAUUAGUGCAUUUGAGGGAGAAAAUUUUUCUGCUAGAGCUGCCAUAGCUGGCGAAGAACUCAUAGAGAAACGAAAGAUGCAAUUUACACAACUUGUCAUACUCCUUAGACAAAUUCAAACCAUUAAAUCUUCUCCGAGCCAUAUUCCACAUGUAAUUACAAUGCUUGGAUCAGUAAGGGAUGGCGUGGAGGACUUAAUACAGGGAUUAUCACAACAGAUGUGUAAUCCUAUGAUGGAAUAUGUUAAGGGCCUCAAGGAUGAUAUGAAGAAUGGAACGUGCAUGCGCUUAGUGGCCAUGGUGGACGAGAUGGAAAAGAAAAACAUGAAAGAUGUCAGGGUUGAGUUGGAGGAUGCAAGGAAGAAAGUGAGACUGGCUGAAGAGGGGAAGAUUGAAGCUGUAUGCAAGCUGAAUGAAACCAUAGAAAGAGUGAGGAAAAAGAAGGAACAACUGAGCUCCCUUCCUGAAGCCAAAAGAGGGCUUAUAAAAUCUUCAUUUUCCCAAAAGGUACAUUCGCUUGACUCAUCCAUCCUUUAUUCUCGAGCAUUUGAUUUGAAUUGA